AUGUCCUCCUCAUCCACUUCAGCUCUGGAGAUAGAGAUCUUCCAGUACACUGAUGCACAUCAAAGUGACUUCAUUGAGAAUCUUAAGGAAUGGGUGGCUGUGGAAAGCAAUUCUGUUCAACCAGAUCUGAGGAAAGAAGUAGUACGAAUGAUGGCGUUGGCAGCAGACAGACUUGCAGCACUGGGAGCCACUGUCAAUUUAGUAAACCUGGGGUCACAUCAGUUGCCUGACGGCCAGGACCUCCCACUGCCUCCUGUGAUUCUUGGGGAACUGGGGAAGGAUCCACAAAACCCCACCAUAUGUUUCUAUGGUCAUGUAGACGUGCAGCCUGCCAAAAAGGAAGAUGGCUGGAACACUGACCCUUACACACUGACUGAAAUCGAUGGUAACCUCUAUGGGCGUGGAGCAACAGACAAUAAGGGACCUGUCUUAGCUUGGAUAAAUGCCAUGGAAACAUUUAGAGCCUUGAAACUAGCUAUGCCAGUGAACUUCAGGUUUGUAAUUGAAGGCAUGGAAGAAGUAGGGUCCUUGGGGCUAGAAAACUUACUUGAAGAAGAAAACCAGUGCUUUUUCUCUGAUGUUGAUUACUUUGUAAUUUCGGACAACCUCUGGCUCAGCAACAAGAAGCCUGCCCUUACAUAUGGGAGUCGGGGAAAUGCCUGCUUCUUUGUGGAGGUUGAAUGUGGCAGCAAGGACCUUCACUCUGGAACUUUUGGAGGCAUCAUUCAUGAACCGUUGAUGGAUCUGAUAACUCUGCUGGACAGCCUUGUGGAUCCCACAGGUUGUAUUCAGAUCCCUGGAAUCUACGACAGCGUUGCUGCCCUGAGAGAGGAGGAGAGGAAAUUAUACAAAUCAAUUGAAUUUGAUCUAGAGGAGCAUAAAAAUAAUAGUGGUGUGAAAAAAUUCAUCUUUGGCACCAACGAAGAAAUACUUCUACACCUGUGGCGUUACCCUUCUCUCUCUAUUCAUGGGAUUGAAGGAGCUUUUCAUGAACCAGGAAUUAAAACGGUCACUCCAGCAAAAGUAAUUGGCAAAUUCUCAAUUCGUCAGGUCCCCCACAUGGACCUUUUGGUUGUGAAACAACAGGUGGUGGAACACUUGAAGGCUGUCUUUUCCAAGAGGAACAGUCCAAACAAACUGAAAGUAUCUAAGCCUUUGGGUUCAAAGCCCUGGCUUGCUGAUGUUAAUGAUCUAUCAUAUAAAGCAGCAAGAAGGGCAAUAAAAACAGUUUUUGGAGAAGACCCAGAUUUUAUUCGUGAUGGUUCAACAGUUCCUGUGGCCAGAAUGUUCCAGACCAUUACGCAGAAAAGUGUGAUGAUGCUUCCAAUUGGAGCAGCUGAUGAUGGGGAGCACUCUCAGAAUGAGAAAAUAAGCAGACACAACUAUAUUAAGGGAACCAAAUUGUUUGCAGCCUUUUUCCUGGAGAUAUCGAAGCUACAUCGGCACUUACAUGAAACUUCCCACACAGAGACUAACAACUGA